CGAAACCCGGAACCUACUGCCACCAUAUAAAGAGCCAGUUCGCGUUCGGUGUGGAAGUUAUUCGAGGUGGUCUUUGCUUACUCGCAGUCAAGUCAGGGCGAGAUAUUUGAUAUCGAAAUGAAACUGUUUCUGGUGCUACUGCUGGCAAGCGUUGCCUGGGCUCAGCGUCCCCAAACGGUGGCCGUGAUCGACAAGCUGUACGAAGUGCACCCGCUGUACAGACAGAUCCAAGACUAUGUGAUCAACACGAUUUCGGAAGCUCGCCUAUCGAGCUCGGCAAAGAUCUACGACUUCCACCGGGACAUCAUCAUGAUCAAGAGCACCUUCCUCGGGACGUCCAUCCGCCAGGAGCAGGAGCUGCUGCAUCAGGUCAACGGACAGCCACUGUCGGUCGAUCAGCAGUGUUUGAGCUUCGUGCGCCAAAAUGCGGACGUCAACAUGAACCUGGCCGGUGUGUCCUACAGCACGUGUAUCACGAACACGGGCGAUACGCUCGUAUCCACCGUGAAAGCUUUCUACGACGAGUUGGAUGUGAACGAGGCGGCUUACGUUGGUGUUGGGCUGUUUGAGGAGUUCCGCAAUGAGAACAUCUUCUUCAACCCGCAAAACAUCAUUUCCAAGCUCGAGUCUCGGAUGUUCCGACUGGAGGACUUCCCGAGCCACAUCGGAAGCGAGUUGCUGGACGCCGUGGCCGGAUUUACUAACUCGCUGGACGUCAUUCGCAUGAACUACGUCAGCUGUAUGACGAUGGGUGAACAGCUGCUCAUGUCCGCCUUGCAGUUGGCACAGAUGCAGCUGGAUGUGGUCUGUAAUGGCGUGCAGGUUCCUCCGGCAGCACCAGCACCCGUUCCUCCCAAUCCGGAGAGUUACGAACCGAACCCAGAACCGGUGCCAGAGCCAGAACUAGCCCCAGAGCCAGCCCCUGAGCCGGCCCCUGAGCCGGCCCCAGAACACUAAAGCUGCAGGAAUUAUGAAAAUGUUUUUCGCCAGAAGAUUUAUUUACUUUGGAAAUAAAAUGUCGAGUUUUAAGCAAGGCUGUUUUAAAGAUAAA